GAUAAGACAAUUACCAUUCUGAGCACAACAUGUAAAACAAUAUAAGAAAUUUAAUCACAACUCCCAUUUAGUCUCCCCGUAAAAUUUAAUGUCAGAAAGUUACAUAGUGAGUCUUUAAAUAUGCUCUAAAAUGCUGGAAUUUCAUGCCAUGAAUGUAUACAUCUGGAGCUACGUUGGUCUACAGCUCACAAUGUUGCCUAAAAAUAAAAGUGUAAAUUCGGUGGCAGUGACAGAAAGUGAGGACGUAUCUUAGCAACACCUUGAUGUGACGACUCUGCUUCACGCUUAUGUUUAAAAGACUUCUGGAACUGGCCUCAUCUGAACUGGUUUCCAUGGAAAUCCUCAGUCCACCAGUCAAACUUCAGUACGUUCUGACCUCUGUGACGAAGCUCAGAAACCUGCAGAUUGACAGCAUUUUACCCCACAAGCGAGCAGAAUAAAAGAUGAAGGAAGAAGAGGAGGAAGUUUCAAUUGAGGAGAAAAACCAUCAACUGUCUUCCCUGCCAGCAGAAAAUCAAUAUGAAGACAGGCCUCAUGAUGAAGAGGAAGGUGGCCCCAGUGAAGGACUGUCGGCUCAUCAGACCCCAACUGUGGACAAACAACACCGCUGUGAUUGUGGAAAAUCCUUCAGGUGGCUGUACAGGCUGAAGAUACAUCAACGCAUCCACACCGGAGAAAAGCCGUAUGUCUGUGACCGGUGUGGGAAGAGUUUCAGCCGGUUGGAAAGUCUGAAAGUACAUCAGCGCAUCCACACCGGAGAAAAGCCGUACGUCUGUGACCGGUGUGGGAAGAGUUUCAGCCAUUUGGGAAGUCUGAAACACCAUCAGCACAUCCACACCGGAGAAAAGCCGUACGCCUGUGACCGGUGUGGGAAGAGUUUCAGCCGGUUGGGAAAUCUGAAACGACACCAGAGCAUCCACAGUAAAAAAACUCUUCUCCCACCUCUGUGA